UUUCUUGCCGAUAGUUGCAUUCGUUCUCCCUUCUUGGUUGCUUGGUCUCCAGUGUCAUAUCCACAUUUUUUUCUGUUCGUGGAGCUACUGAAGAAGAAAACUGUGGAUACAUUUUUUAGCUGCUUUUGCAAAGUGACAUGAAUUGGCAGAAAGGACGAAAAAAGUGCCAGUAGAAAUAAUGAGAAAACGAAGAAAAUUUAUGAACAAAACAAGCUCAAUUGUAAAAAAAGAUUCAGCAGCGAGGUUAGAAGGUGAACUACUUAUUAUCAAGUCAGAAUUACAGCAGCAGUUUCAUCACCUUCAUCAGCUACAGCAGCUAAAACAAAACGUUGAGCAUCAUGCUUAAGCGAAUAUGCUCAAGGCGACGUGUCAAUGUUUAUUUCAAAUUUACUUUGCUCUUAUUAUUGGCGAUUUUCUAUAUUACUUUUCUGUUUCGAGAAUCUUUAAAUGCUUUUGAAAUGAAUAAGGAUAAGUCUCUCAACAAGCCAGAAAUAAAACCGAAACCUGAAAUAAUAAGAAAUCGUCGUCGACACCAAGUAAAAGUACAAGUAGAACCAUAUGAUGCAGCAGCAGACUACAACAUCAAGACCACCAAAAUCCCAACGACCCUCAACCCAGUUUACGAGUAUUCCGAAGAAAUUCACACUGCUACCGAAAGAAAUCUGACCAGUCGAAAAACCCACCUUAACGAAAUAUGUAAAAAACGGAAUAUUGUGUCUACGUACCCACCGAAACCGUGGGAGUUUUUUGUCUCUCCAGGUCACAAUUUAGUCUGGUGCAAUAUUUUCAAGGCCGCUAGCAGCACAUGGAUGUACUACUUCAAUAUAUUAGGUGGCUACGAUAUCAAAUAUCUCCAACGAACAAAAAUGUCUCCACUUGAAUUAGCCCGAAAUCGUUUUCCUCGACCCGAACUGUUUGAGCUCUUCGAAUCACUUGCAUCUUCUUUAUCAUUUCUCACUGUGCGUGAACCAUUUGAAAGACUAUUAUCCGCUUACCGGGAUAAAUUAGAAGGCUGUCGAAAUAAAUACUACAAAGUGCUGGGGAAGCAGAUUAUUAGGCAAUUUAGAAAAGGAGCCAAGCUCAAGCGACAUAAUUCAGGACCAACUUUUAAAGAAUUUCUACAUUUCAUUGUACACAAUAAUAAGAUCGGCAAGCAAUUUGAUGAGCAUUGGGCACCUAUUUACAGUUUUUGCACCCCGUGCACUAUCAAUUUUACACUUAUUGCCAAGGUGGAGACUUUCCAAAGAGACAGUGAAUAUAUUAUCAGACAGGCUGGAUUGGAACCAUUACUUUUGGGGAAACUACCAAAGAGUAAGAUGAGAAAAAUAUCAAACCAAUCAGCUCAUAAUACUGGGAAUCUUAUUCAAAGGUAUUUCUCCCAAAUUGAUCGAUACACUUUGGAUGCAGUUCUCGAAAUAUAUCGCUUAGAUUUUGAACUUUUCGGCUAUGAUAUGACCAAGUAUUAUGAAAUUGUCCAACCACCAUCUACCACUACACCACCAUAUUCUCCGGAACUUUUUACAACAAAUCUGUCAACAGUCUCACAAACCUCACAGACCAAUACAAAAUCCUCUACAACUUUUACGGACCACUUUGAUCAUUUGAUUAAAAUCUAAACAGAAAAACCAAAAAUCUCACACAAAAACAAACAGAACCCGUACGAAUUUUACAGCUAGAAAUUAACUUCAUUUAUACAACAACAAAAGAAAAAAAAGGCAUUGGUUUCACAUCAUUAUUCAAUCUCUAUGACCUUGAUCAGGUACCUACUCAAAAAAAUAUUAUUACUAACCUGUUGUACAUAAUUUAAACUUUAAACAAAGAAAAAAAAAACAAAUACGUUGCCAAAUUAUUUAAAAA